AUGUGCCCCCUCUGUCCCCUUCUGCCCCUCUGCUCCCCUCUGCCCCUCUCUUCUCCCCUCUGCCCCUCUCUGCUCCUCCUUGCCCCUCUCUGCUCCCCUCUGCCCCCUUUAUCCCCCUCUACCCCCCACUGUCCCCUCCUCCCCUCCACCCCAACCCCACCCCACCCUCCCACUUUCCACUGCAUCACGUGCAGGCAGUUGCAUGGCAACUCGUUCACAGGAUCCGUCCCAGCGACCAUCGGACAGCUCACGAAUCUCCUCGUCCUGUCCGUACCCAAUCCACCCACCAGCACCGACCCGACCAGCCUCUCUGUUUGUCCGUCCGUUGCUCACCUUUCUCCGUUCCGAUCACCAGCAGCAGCAGCAGCACACCACUAUCUGGAGUCGCUCUUUGCAGCCAUGGGGCUCACCACUCAAGAAGGGAAGUGCAGCGCUGGAGGCUCUCCGACUGAUGCCUUUGAGAAGCUGCUCUCUCUGCCCAAAGGGGGAGUCGCUCUAGCUGUCAACGCCACUGGCACAGCUGGUGCAUUGCGUUCACGUGCAACUAAAAAGCCUGCUGUAAAGUACUACCCCAUCCAAGGGUUUGAGCGCACGCAGUUCAAGGGGUAUGUGGGGCUCAUGCUGGCAGUGCAGCGGCAGCCAGUGGUGGUUCACAUCGAAGCCUCUGCUGCCACAUUCGCCAGAUAUGACGGGACAUACAAGUACCAGGACCCAGCUUGCUAUACAGGCGAGCUGAACCACGUGGUGCUUGUUGUUGGCUACUCCGUUGCCGUGGGGGACAGCGUGCAGAAGCGUAUUCCCCCUCCGUUUUGGAUCAUCCGCAACUCGUGGGGCGCGGGGUGGGGCUAUAAUGGCCACAUGCGCAUGGACAUUCAGGGAGGGGAUGGCGUGUGUGGCAUCAACGUGCUGCCUGGCAUCUACCCCAUUGUCAAGAAUAUUCUCCCUUUUGAGGCGCCUAAAAAGGCACCCAUAGAUAUCCUCCCUGUGCUGCCGUCCCCACUCGCACUUCUUUCUUGUCCCCCUUCCACCACUGGUGGCACGGCGGCAUGGACGUGCCGGUGGUCCUCCCAUGCUUCAACAAACCCGUCACUUCCCUUCCCCGACCCUCUCACACUUCUUUCUCGUCCCUCGUCCACCGCUCGUGGCACUGUGGCAGUGGACGUGUGUGGGUCGUACUUCAAGAACCCCUGUGCCGUGGGCACAUGCAUCAACGAUGGCAAGGGCUCCUACUCCUGCAUCUGCCCUCCCAACCACGUCCCCAGCCGAACCAUCGAUGACUUUCCCACCUGCGACCCAGCUGGCAGCUUAGCCACCAGCUUGGCAGUGAGUGGCAGCAACUGGGCCUGCGCCGACGUUCAUCCCCUCAUGGGCCUCACGCUCGCCCAGUUCACACAGCAAAACGGGGCUAUCAACUGCAACAAGCCGCUGCUACUGAAUGCGGUGCUCCAGCUGGGCGGCUCUCCUGUCGUCCCCUGCACUGCCUUCUUCUACGCCCUCUCUGGCGACACGUGUGAGUCCAUCGCCUGGAGCAUUGGGCGAUCCGAGUCCGACCUUCUCGAGCUCAACCCCGGGCUGAGCUGCCAGCAGGGUAUCAAGGCGGGGCGAUCCUUGUGCGUUGAACGCAACCCCGAGUUCGCAUUCAAGGUCCCGGAGUGCCUCAAGUUCACCACGCUCACAGCACAGGACUCGUGCGAGCGGCUGCUGGAGAGGACGGGAGGAACCACAUCGGUGGGGGCAUCUGCUUGGGACGAGCUCUACAGGAACAACCCUGGGCUCGUCUGCUCGGGCACUGUCCCUACCGCUGCCUCUGCUGUCGGCAGCAGUGCUGGUGUGCAGGUGUGCCUCAAGGCGGAGUACUGGCCAUUUACACUCGGCAGGUGCACCAAGGGCCGGGCCAAGACGGUGUCGCCGUCAUUGUCGUGCUCCGGUGCUUACAGCUUCUAUGGUGGCACCAUGACAGCUGCGGCUGCCAAGUUCACCGAGUAUAACGGCAAUGCAUGUGCCAAGAACGUUGGAGCCAAAUAUAUGUGUGUGCCACGCUAG